UACCGGCAAAUUCCACACACGCGGUCGGCAAGCUCGUGACUCAUUCAAGAUAUUUUUGGCUCUCGCAAAAAAUUAAUUCAACAUCGGAGUAGUCCGUCGUACAGAGCUCAGUGGAAGUAACGAGUUAGUCGUCGUUUAUCUGUCAAGCAGGAUUUUCUCUCCUUUUUUAAAAAAAACAUUUUAUUCAUUUAAAUUCUUUAUCCCGCGCGCGCGCUAUAAUACGUGCGCGGGCUAAUUAGCUCCAUCGCUAGCAAGCGCUAUUCUUCAUAGGAUUGACAACUGCAACGUGUGGAUGUACCUAUAUUCACCCGCAGUCACAGUUCCACAAUGGCUGUCUGCUCACUCUGCUUGAUAUACCUGAACCAAAGGAUCAGCAACAGAACCAGUAUAAUUUUAGGAUAGCAAUAAGCCCACACUAUACCUCUCCUUACCUUUAAUUUAUUUCUGGUCAAUCCCAGACAGACUUCCUACCAAGUUUGCACGACUUAAUUUCAGAAUAGCUUUUAGACGGUUGGACCUAUAGGAAGUCAGUUAUUUAUUACUUUUUGUACCUCUUAUUUGAUUUGCUGCUGUGUAGAAUUACAUAUCUAUUUUGAAAGGCAUUUUUCCCUUUAAGAUUGUGAAAUUAGUCAUUGUAUAUAGCCUACAAUAACACAUACAAAAUGGUUUCAACAACGACGGCUGCAGUAAUACUGGCCAGCGCGGUAGCAGCAACCCAAGCCCCAGUGGUCAACUACUUGUGGCUGCUGAUUGUUGGCUUUAUCAUCGCCUUCAUCCUAGCCUUUUCUGUCGGUGCCAAUGAUGUUGCCAACUCAUUUGGCACAGCUGUAGGCUCUGGAGUGGUCACCUUGAGACAGGCCUGCAUCCUGGCCACUAUUUUUGAGACUGUGGGCUCUGUGCUCCUUGGGGCUGAAGUGAGUAAAACCAUCCGCGAGGGCAUUAUUGACGUGGGCAUGUACAACGGCACUGAGCACAUAUUGAUGGCUGGAUCCGUCAGUGCCAUGGUCGGUUCUGCUGUGUGGCAGCUGGCUGCCUCCUUUCUUAAACUACCCAUCUCUGGAACACACUGCAUUGUUGGUGCUACUAUUGGCUUCUCCCUGGUUGCCAGAGGCCAACAAGGGGUUAGGUGGUUCGUACUCCUCCGUAUUGUUGGUUCCUGGUUCCUGAGUCCACUUUUGUCUGGUAUAAUGUCAGGCGUUGUUUUCUACUUUGUGCGCAUGUUCAUUUUACGCAAGAAAGACCCUGUGCCUAAUGGAUUGAGGGCCCUGCCUGUCUUCUAUGCCAUCACUAUGGGAAUCAACUUGUUCUCCAUCAUGUUCACUGGAGCUCCGAUGUUGGGAUUUGACAAAAUCCCUUGGUGGGGCAUUCUGCUCAUCUCUCUGGCUUCCGCUGCGUUGACCGCAAUUGUGGUCUGGUUCAUCGUCUGCCCACGCCUCAAGAAGAGGAUUGAACGAGAUAUCAAAUCUUCCAGCCCUUCAGAGAGCCCCCUGAUGGAGAAGAGGGAGUUGAGAGAGCCCCACUGUCCAAUCCUGAAGCAGACUCCCAAGGAUACUUCCACACCCACCCCCCCAGCUGCCAAUCAGAACCCACCUGCACAGCCACAGCCCGCUACUGAGGAGCGCCGGGUGGCAUUUGACAUUGGAGAUUCUGACGAUGUCGACAACAAAGAACGCAAAGUGGCCUUUGACAUCGGAGAUUCUGAUGACUCGGAGUAUAGCAGUGCAAAUGGUGCCCCCAAACAGGUUCAGUCCAACACUCAGGUCCAGAUCAACAAUCCGCAAGUCCAGCACAGCAGUAGCUCUGCAAACGCUCCCAGUCAAGUCCAGUUCAACAACCAGGUUCAGUUCAAUAACAGGCCAGCUCACAUGCCAAGUAACGGUUACAGCCAGUACCACACGGUCCACAAGGAUUCUGGCCUCUACAAGGACCUGCUGCACAAGCUGCACCUGGCCAAGGUUGGUGACUGCAUGGGUGAGGGGGGUGACCGACCUAUCCGUCGAAACAACAGCUACACUUCCUACACCAUGGCCAUCAUCGGUAUGCAUGGAGACUUCAAGCAUAAAGAAGCAGAGCUCCGUGGAAACGAAGAUGGUGACAAGGGCCCAGGGUCAGGCUGUCAGGACAGGAAGCGUGUGCGUAUGGACAGCUACACCAGCUACUGCAACGCUGUGGCAGAGCAUAUGACUCCUGAGGGUCUGGGGGAGGCCGACGUGACCCUUGAAAUGGGGAAGGAGGAUGCGGGUAGCAGCCGAAGCUCUCUGGAUGACGAUGGCCCUGAAGCAGACAAGCCUGAAGUAUCAACUCUCUUCCAGUUCCUCCAAAUCCUCACCGCCUGCUUCGGAUCCUUUGCCCACGGAGGCAACGACGUAAGUAAUGCCAUUGGACCCUUGGUAGCUCUGUGGCUUGUGUACACAACUGGCAGCGUGUCUUCCAAUGAACAAACACCUGUUUGGCUGCUGCUGUACGGUGGAGUGGGAAUCUGCGCAGGGCUCUGGGUGUGGGGUCGAAGAGUGAUCCAGACUAUGGGCAGAGACCUUACGCCCAUUACCCCUUCCAGUGGUUUCAGCAUUGAACUGGCCUCAGCCGUCACUGUCGUGGUUGCCUCCAACAUUGGCCUGCCUGUUUCCACCACCCACUGCAAGGUGGGCUCAGUGGUGGCAGUAGGUUGGCUGCGCUCUCGGAAGGCAGUGGACUGGCGUCUUUUCCGAAACAUCUUCAUGGCGUGGUUUGUGACUGUACCCAUUUCCGGCCUGAUCAGUGCUGCUAUUAUGGCAAUCUUCACCUAUGUCAUCCUCUGACUCUGAGGCUGGACCCCACGCAGGGGAGGAGAGAGAGCACGCUCCAGUGCACAACAGGAGAGAAGACUAGCUGGGAGGCAAAAAUAUAUCGCUUACCUCAAGCCAACAACUCAGAAGAAAAAGCAGCAAAAAAAAAAAAGAUGUUUUGAAGGUCUUGUGAUAUGGGCCUUUGGUUCUUGGCUGCAUCAUUCUCAACCUUGAAUCAGUGGUUGUGUUGGGCCAGAUGACUUCCAAUGGGAAGACUGCAUUUCUUUGCUCUUACUUUUUGCUUUAUCAAUUCAGAAGAGCUAAUCAAAAGAGCUAGACAGUUCUCAUCAUUCUGUAAAGAGCUUAUCAAAAACAUCACCUUUUUUUCUUAUACUCAUUGCUUCCAUUUUUUUUUUUUUACAACUGUGUAUAGACAACCAUGUUCUUUUUUGUUAAUCUUAUUUUACAAGUUAGACAAAUGAACAAUUAAAAUGCAGUAUUAGCCUUUAACAGAUGUAUAUCUGCAGUCAUAACACAUGCUGAAAGUAACCUAGAAGCAAAAGCAGUAUUUUUAGGUGCAAAACAAGGUUAUUGGUGUGUGGUUUUUAAAAAUGUCAUUGCCAAUGUCACAAUGUCUUUGUUAAUAAUGAUUUAAUCGUUUGGUUUUUGUCUCCCUGUGUCCCCUGAAGUGUAAAAUUAGUUGUUUUUUUGUUUUUGUUUUGUUUUUUCCCCUUGCAACAGAAUGGAAUUGGAACAGUCCACAUUGUUGAAACUGUAAUGUAAUAAGGCUCACAUUUUAAUAAUUUUCUCUUUGGGGGUUCUGACAUAAAUAGGGCUGGGUGAUAUGGACAACAUUUAUUGUCAAUAUUUUUGACUCAAUACCUCAAUCUCAGUAUUGUGAUGUUGCAGGUAUGACUAUUGGUGCUUUCACAAAAUAUUUACAGUGAAAUUUUUGACAAACAAAUAUUAGUAACUUGAAUAUGAUGACCAAGCAGAUAGAGACAAAUAAAAGAACAGCUGAUCAGAAAAUCAAAUCUUUUUUUUUACGAUAUUGCAGCCUUUGAAAAUAGAAGCAACACUUAUACCAUAUCAAGGUAUAAUGAUAGCCAAAGUCAAACAUGAUAUCUAAUCUUGUAUCAAAAUAUCUGUAUCAUAUCAAUAUUGCCCAGCCCUGUUUACAGAUAAGUGCAUCAGCCUCCUAGCAUUGCAGUGUGUCUACACUGUAACAAGUAUCAUUGGAAUAAUAACCUGAAAAGCACUAAUUUUAGACACUGGUUGUGUACCUGCAGAAUGGAAACCCUGCACCACUAAUAACCAGUCAGCACAUUGAUUCAGUGAUUUAUAAAAGGGAUUAUUGUCAGAAGUUGAGCGCGCGGCUAUAUCCAGUUCUUGCAUCAGAAUCUCCUGCGGCUGUGCAUUCUUGCCGACUGUAGACUUCUGCCUGAAACGACUUGGCUGCUUGAGUCUGAGACGCGUAACGAUAGAAUGUUAAUCCGUUGCAAAAAUGUGUCCUCAAACAAGACCUUAAAUUUCCUGUUAAAACUUGAUUACAUCCAGCUAGAUGGUUAAAAUGCUUUAGUCCUGCUAAAAGCCUUUGCUAGUCCAAUGUAUUGCAAUUCAAUUUGUAUCGGCUUCUUCCCAGAUUUUUGUUUUGUUUUUGUGGAAUGUACACCUGGACCUUGGGCUGCUCUCACUAUCCUGUUUUUUUUUUCUCAGCCUUCGGACUUGCAUAGUUGAUUCAUGAGGUUGUCAGCGAGGAAGAAUAGGGCCCUAAACCUGGAGAUUAUAACUGGAUGGCGUGGUGUGGAGCUGAUCUGGAUAUUGUUUGAAAGAGGGGGACAUACAUAGCAUGCCACUGCUGUGUGGUCAUUUGGCUGCAGUACUAAAUGCAUAGACCUAUAGAUGCUGUAGUUGCCUUAAUUGUCUUUUUUUCCCUUAGGUACCAAAGAAAAGACUUUUUUGUUUGUUUGUGGAUUUCUUUUUUUAAUGCACAUCAACAUAACACUGUCUCAACCUCACUUAUGGAGGAAAAAAAUAAGUAAAAAAAAUAAAAUGAAAUAAAAACUG